AUGGGCGCCUCAAUGGGCUUGGCGACAGACGUCGCGGCAGCCAUGCCGAUCCGGCUUGGAAGCCUCGCACCGCGAGUGUCAACUUGCAGUGGCGCCAUGUCGAACAGCUCGUUCCAGAUUUCCAACAUGGCCUACAUGAGCUACCAGAUCGAGCCGAAUACCUUUGAGGAAUGGCCCAACGGCACGCACAUGAGCUUCGAAGUCGCGAACCAGGCCAACGGCGCGCAGGUCUUCUGCACAUUCAGCGAGCUCGAUGGCGAGGUUCAAGACCCAUCGCAUCCGCUCUGGCACGCGUGCGACGAUGUCGGUGCCGUGCCGACAGCCGAACAAGACUCGACGACGGAGACCUAUGCGUGGUUCGAUAAGAACACCACGGUGCUCUCACUGAAUCAGACAUGGUCUUGCGGCCGGCAUGGUGAUGUGCCAAGUACCAAAUUCACAGUUCUUGCCAGCGGAGAAGUCCAUGCGGAGUGCGAAGAUCACAGUGGUGAGACGGCCCGGACCAAGAUUCAACUCUGA